AUGAUAGAGAUUCUGGCUGCCCAGUCACAGAAACUCGAAGAAGCACGCGGACCAGCGAGCUUGGUCCUUGUUGGAGACAAAGCCCUGAGAUACUCGGAAGCAAUCAAGAAAUAUCAUCAAUACCUUUGCGUGGCAGGAGUUCUCCCUGACACAUCCAAGUUCAGAGACUUCUCGGCCAAAGACGACUGCUGCCUAAAGUACCUCAAAAACCUACCCCGAGAAGGGGGUGGGGACCAGAACGGAACAGUGCUCAUCAAUCAGCGCUCGAAUAUCUGCUCGGAUGGCCGGGAUAUCAUCAAGGAAAUACAAUCCUCUAAACCGGAACUCGUCAUAAUUCUUGUCAUAAGAGGUACGAAGAUAGACAGCUCUCUGCAAGACACGGUGAAACGGUUCUCAUCUAUUUUGUAUCUCCCAAAGGGAUCAAUCGAGCCAGGAUUUGGACCGAAAGAAGCCCGUGAACGUGUCUUGAAAUUGAUCGAGUCGAGAUACGGAGGAGAAAUGCAGGUAGAAGGAGGAACUGAUGGACCCAUUUUGAGUGCCUGCAUUCGCAAAAUCUCCCGAAGCUGUGAAGAGCGGGCUUCAAAAGAAAGCAUUGACGAUGCCAUCAAUGCAUCGCUACGUGAGAUCUAUCGAAGACAAAUUGAUAGACUGCUUGAAGCGAAGAGUUCGACCGAGGAUCCCUCAUACUUUCUGCUCACUGCUGAAGAUAUGCUUGGCGCCGAGGAGCAGGCACUUGUUGAAAGGUAUCGGACACAGACCAAGACCCCAGUGGUAGCACGACAGUUGGAAGGGUUUGAUAAGCUGUUGGACCAUAUCGGCAAAAAGCUGCCAGUAAUCCUCAAAGUUCUCAAAAGUCGAUGGGGAGAACUAUUGGGCGACCAGUCCAGGCUAAAUCUAGCUUUCAUCGGCACCGACAACCUGGAUUACUUCGAAGCCGGUAGCCUUUACCACAAAGAGCUGCGCAGCACAGGCGCAAUUUCGAACGAUUCGCAAUAUAUAUAUUUAUGCGCCCAGAGACACGGCGACUCUGAUAGAUUGGAUGGCAGUGAUGACAGUGGUGACGAUAAUGAUGCCUCAAAAUGUGUCACAGUCACAAACGGUGUACAAGCCGGGGUUAUUCUUGUGGAGCACGCCGAACGUCUUUGCAGUACUUGCAAAUCAUCCAUUGACUCGUUGCAAGAAAAAAGGUCCGGCCUCGUUGUUGUACUUGCUUUUCAUAGCACGAGCAUUCCCUCCUUCUUGAAGGAUUUUGUUGAAGAGAGGUUUCCUUUCCAGAUAGACCUUCAGAAAAAAAGUCCGGAUAAGAACAACGAGAUCCAACACCGAGUUCGGGAAGCCCUUGUAUCGUCAAUUCAGAAACAGUUCCAAGGCCACGCACAGUUUGAAGGAGGGGUCAACGGCUCUUCCAUCCAGGCCUGUGCCCGCCGAAUUUCUCAAAAGUGCGAUAAGGAUGCUAACGCGACGGACAUCGAGAAUGCCAUCAAGCCUCGGCUUACUGAUAUCUAUCAGCGAAAAUUCGAUCGCCACCUCGAAGAUGGUGACUUCACCGUUGAGUCUAGCCCUUUUUUGUUCACAGCCAGUGACCUUCUUGGACGGGCACCCGACCUUACCAAAUCUAACCUCAAGGAGUGGGAGGAACUCCAGGCAAUGAUUGGUCUUACAGCUGUCAAAACAUCCAUCAGAUCCCUCUUUGACAGCCUACUACUCAACUACUAUCGCGAACUCGAUGGUCACGAGCCAGUCCAGACAGGGCUAUCUAGGAUGUUUCUUGGCCCUCCCGGUACAGGAAAAACCACCGUGGCAAACCUGUACGGUAAGCUACUUGCGAGUCUCGGCUUCCUUUCUUGCGGUCAGAUUCUUGUUCACAAUGCGAAUGACUUCAUCGGGGAACACAUUGGAAGUUCUGUUGCGAAGACCAAAGAAAUUCUUGAAAAGGCUCGCGGGAAUGUCUUGCUCAUUGACGAGGCGUAUAUGUUGGACGCUAAACGGAACUACGGUUCAAGCCCUUGUCCUUUUCGUCAGGAAGUCGUCGAUACGCUUGUAGGCGAGGUGCAGAACAAGCCGGGAGAAGACCUGUGCAUUAUCAUGUGUGGCUAUGAGGAGGAAAUGAGAGACUUUCUACGCGAAGCAAACCCUGGUCUGGCACGGCGCUUCCCAAUCGAGAACGCCUUCUUCUUUGAAGAGUUUAGUGAGGAGCAACUCGGCAAGGUAUUGGACCUCAAGAUGAAGGAGCAAUCCUUUUCUACCAGUGAUCAAGGUCGAGCUACCGCAUUGAAUGUGCUCAAGCUUGCAAAGCAACGCCCAAAUUUCGGCAAUGGGGGCGAGGUCGACAAUCUACUCUCGAGAGCAAUUCUCAGUUUCCAACGCCGUUUCAGCGUAGCCCACCCGGAUCAAAAGCUUGAAAUAUCAAAAAACAGUUUGCUUCUCCCGGAGGAUUUCGACUCAGAACACUUACGGGGCGAAGAUAUCGAAAACGAGUUAGAACACGACUUUGGCAUGAUUGGUCUAGGGGCGAAACUUGAUACAUUCAAACAAUUGGUGCGUAAUUCAAACGCAAUAAAAAAAUACAAAAAGGCGCCGCAGACUACACCAGUCACUCUGGUCCUGAAAGGGCCCCCAGGUAGUGGCAAGACGGCCUUCGCCAGGAAGCUGGGUCGAAUAUAUUAUAACAUGGGCAUCCUGGCCACCCAGGAUGUAGUCGAAGUCACUGUUCGAGAUAUGGUUGGAUACACUCCUGGCCAAACCGUUCAUGCAACAAGAAGACUGCUAGAAAGCAGUCUUGGCAAGGUCUUGUUUAUCGACGGGGCACAUCGACUGAAUGGAAAAGGGGUCUUGGAAGAUUGUGUGAGCGAGGCCCGAGACGAGCUCGUUGAUGCUCUCAGCAAGCCUCAAUUUUUUCGGAAACUUGUGGUCGUACUCGCGGGCUACACUGUGCCGAUGAACGAAAUGCUUUUGAGCAACCCUGGGCUUUCGGGCAGGUUUUCCACACAGAUCCAUUUCGAAAAACUUUCUAGUGCAGCAUGUGCCAAACUACUCAAAAAGGACAUCCAAGACCUCCACAUCUUGGCCACAUUUGACGAGGACGAUACGAAAAUCCAGGGAAUUUUUCGGAAGAUAAGAUCCUUGGAUUGCUGGGCCAAUGGUCGUAGUAUCAGAACAUUGGCGGGUGAAGUUGCAAUGCGUUCUAUUAACGCCACCUAUAACGAGAGUUUAGAACUGCCCGAGCCAGUUGCGAGCCGCGAAGUCGUUCUAGAGGUUCUGGAAGAAUGGAAACGACGAAAAGUGCCGAAGAUUCCGGCUAAAAAGCAGAAAACAUCCGACGAUUAUCUGAAUGCGGAGACUACAGACCUGGUACAAUAA